AUGAAGAUCUUGGGCUAUGAAAAAUUCAACAACAAGUCACCAAAUCUCUGUAAUCCGCAAAAACGCCGGGACUCUCGAGAAUACCAGAUUGCCGUUGAAGUCGAGGUCGACGGCCGAUAUAAGCCCCGUCGUCAGCGGUCGGGAGGUGCGGCGUCCGGCGUCGGAGAGGAAGAUGAUAAUAAAUCUCGAGCGCCGCCGGGUUCAGCCUGGUGGUCGGACGAGAGACGACGUUGGAUUGUUGGAGACGUGAUUGCGGAUAUGGCGGACCUGGUCGGGGUGGAUCAAUUGGAGGCCGUGGUGGUGGCGACGGGACCGACGGCGGCGGUCGGAACCCAACAAUAUGCAGAUGGUGUUGUCCGGCGGUGGUGA